AUGCGGCCCCAAGGGCUUUGCCGGUCUUUCGGCCUGCUUCACCGCGCGGCUACUCGUUCCUUCGUAGAGUCCGGUGCAGGUCGCCGAUUCAUUCAAACCACAACCAGCUCCCAGCCUCGGGUUCCAGACUUUGCCUUUGCUUUCGAUAUCGACGGCGUCCUUCUCAGAUCCUCCAAGCCCAUCCCCGGCGCUGCGGAGUCAUUAGCUCUCCUCAAGGAACAGGGAAUCCCCUUCAUUCUGUUGACAAAUGGCGGUGGGAAACAUGAGACGGAAAGAGUGGCCGAAAUCAGUGAAAAACUGCAGUUACCAUUGGAUCCCUCGGUAAUCGUCCAGAGCCAUUCCCCUUUCGCGGAGCUCGUACGCGGACCAGAUGAGCAGAGUUCUCUCGAAAACAAGUGCGUGCUAGUAGUCGGAGGUGAAGGCGACCGCUGUCGACAGGUUGCAGAGAGGUACGGCUUCAAAAACGUGAUCACACCUGGUGAUAUCAUCAUGGCCAAUCCGACCAUUUGGCCUUUCUCCAAUGUGUUCAAGGAUUACUAUAAAUCAUUUGCGAGGCCACUGCCGAACCCCCAGGAUCCUAAAGACCCGACCAAGGGCCUCAAAGUUGACGCCAUUUUUGUUUACAAUGACCCGCGCGACUGGGCUCUGGAUGCGCAAGUGAUCAUGGAUUUCUUGCUCUCGUCUCAGGGUGUCCUCGGAACUCUCUCGGAGAAGAACGGACGGUCUGACUUGCCAAACCGGGGUUACCAGCAGGAUGGUCAGCCACCUCUCUACUUCUCGAACCCUGAUCUGUGGUGGGCUGCAGCCUACCAUCUCCCGCGUCUCGGCCAGGGUGGGUUCCGGGAAGCGUUGGAAGGCACCUGGGCUGCAACGACUGGUGGCCCGAGCAAAGGCGUUGAGUUGAAGAAAACGGUUAUCGGAAAACCGUACCAGGGUACUUAUGAGUUUGCAGAGAACCAACUCCUGCGGAACCGCUCCCGCGUUUUUGGUGCAGAGGCCAACAUUCCUCUACGAAACGUCUACAUGAUCGGAGACAACCCGGAAUCUGAUAUCCAGGGCGCCAAUACAUAUAGGAGUCCUUAUGGCAGCAAUUGGCAUUCGCUUCUCGUGCGAACUGGAGUUUAUCGUGGAGGGGAACCUACAUGGACACCGGAGUCCAUCCACGACAAUCCCGAGGAGACCCCCGCCGCGGCCCCCGCGGAGGGUGCGGAGCAGAGCAAGAGCGCCAGCAAGAACGCUGCGAAGAAGGCCGCAAAGGAGAAGGCCAAGGCCGAGAAAGCUGCUGCGCGCGCCGCCCAAGAGAAGGCUCAGGCCGCUGCCGCUGAGGCCAACGACACCGCAAAGGAUCUCUACGGCAAGAUCCCCGAAUCCGAGGACGUCCUCCCCACCACGAAGUUCAACGACAUUACCGAUGACCACUACGAGAAGGAGAUCACCGUGGUUGCUCGUGUUGACAAUGCCCGUGUCCAGAGUGCUAAGCUGGCCUUCCUGAUGCUCAGACAGCAGGGCAAGAAGGUGCAGGCUGUUAUUGCCGCCGCCGAGCCUAUUUCGAGACAGAUGGUCAAGUACACCGGUGGAUUGAACGUCAACUCCAUUGUCCAGGUUACCGGUAUCGUCAAGAAGCCCCAGGUUCCCAUUGCCUCGGCUACUCUCAACAACCAUGAAUUGCACAUCCGCAAGGUCUACAUGAUUGCUGAGGCCGCUCAACAGCUUCCUAUGCAGGUCAAGGAUGCCGAGAGACCGCCUCCGGAGACCACCGAGGAGGGCCCCCAGGUUGACGCUGACGGCGCCCCCAUCGUCACUCUUAAGACCCGUCUCGACAACCGUGUCCUCGAUCUGCAGACCGAGACUAGCCAGGCUAUUACUUGGAUUUCCAGUGCCGUUGCAGAGCUGUUCGCAGAGUACAUGAUCAAGAGCGGUUCAAGGUGGAUCUUCACUCCCAAGCUGGUUUCUUCCGCCACGGAAGGUGGUAGCAACGUUUUCGAGGUCAAGUACUUCAAGAGGAACGGAUACUUGGCGCAGAGCCCGCAGCUGUACAAGCAGAUGUGUAUCGCCGGUGACAUGGAAAGUGUGUUCGAGAUUGCUCCCGUUUUCCGUGCGGAGGACAGCAACACCCACAGACAUUUGACUGAGUUCUCCGGUCUCGAUUUCGAGAAGACCUUCCACGGCCACUACCAUGAGGUCUUGGAUUUCGCCGAAGACCUUCUCGUCUUCAUCCUUACUCAGCUUAAGGAGCGCUACAAGGACCAGAUCGCUGUCAUCCAGAAGUCCUACCCCAAGGCUGGUGACUUCAAGCUCCCCAAGGACGGCAAGGCCCUGCGCUUGAACUACAUGGACGGUGUCGCGAUGUUGAAGGAGGCUGGUGUCGACGUCUCCGAGCAGGAGCGAUUCGAGAACGACUUCAGCACUGCCAUGGAGAAGCAGCUUGGCCAGAUCAUUCGCGAGAAGUACGACACCGAUUUCUACGUCCUGGACAAGUUCCCCAUGGCUGUGCGCCCCUUCUACACCAAGGCCGACCCCAAGGAUGCCCGCUUCUCCAACUCGUAUGACUUCUUCAUGCGUGGUGAGGAGAUCAUGUCCGGUGCCCAGCGUAUUAACGACGUCAACGAGCUGAUUGAGUCGAUGCGCGCCAAGGGCAUCAACCCCGACCAGGAGGGCUUCGAGGACUACCUGAAUGCCUUCCGCCAAGGCUGUGCUCCCCACGCCGGUGGUGGUCUUGGUCUGAACCGUAUUGUCAUGUUCUUCCUGGGUCUGCCCAACGUUCGUUUGGCGACCUUGUUCCCCCGUGACCCCCAGCGUCUGCGCCCAUAA